GUUAUCUCCGCCCGCGCCGCCGCCCCAGCCCAGCACAGCAGCAGAGAUUUGGGAGAUCUGUCGCCAUGGGGGUGGAAGGCUGCACCAAGUGUAUCAAAUACCUCCUCUUCGUCUUCAACUUCAUCUUCUGGCUGGCUGGAGGCAUCAUCCUGGGAGUGGCCCUGUGGCUCCGGCAUGACUCGCAGACAACGAAUAUCCUCUACCUGCAGCUGGGGGAAAAGCAGGCCCCCAACACCUUCUAUGUUGGAAUCUACAUCCUGAUCGCAGUUGGAGCUGUUAUGAUGUUCGUGGGGUUCCUGGGAUGCUACGGUGCUAUUCAGGAGUCUCAGUGUCUUCUGGGAACGUUCUUCACUUGCCUGGUGAUCCUGUUUGCCUGCGAAGUUGCGGCUGGAAUUUGGGGCUUUGUCAACAAAGACCAGAUAGCCAAAGAUGUGAAGCAGUUCUACGAUCAAGCGCUUCAACAGGCGCUCAUGGGAGAACCGGACGCGAACAACGCGAAAGCCGUAGUGAAGACCUUCCAUGAAACGCUGGACUGCUGUGGUUCCGAUACUUUAACAGCAACUUUCACUCCCGUGUGGAGGGAUGACCUCUGCCGAAAGGACUCCCUGAAAAGCUUUUUUGAGAACUCAAACUGCCACAGAAAAAUCGAUGAACUGUUCUCUGGGAAGCUGUACCUGAUCGGUAUCGCUGCUGUCGUGGUCGCUGUGAUCAUGAUCUUCGAGAUGAUCCUGAGCAUGGUGCUGUGCUGUGGCAUAAGGAACAGCUCCGUCUACUGAGCCGUGAGAGCCAGGGAGGGGAAGGGGGGAGCAGGGAAGACGGCGCUAGAGGGGACCCCAAGUGCCACCAAGUGACCAGGAGACAUUUCAACAACAGACAAAGAAAACUAUGUAUAUAAAUGCUUCCAAUAUUACCAUACAGUACUUACCAUUUUUAUUUUGAAGUACUUUUUUUUUGUUUGUUUAAUAAAUAAAACUUUCCCGUAUCUUUGUGGCUGAGUUAGUUACACAUCAGUUUUGUGUGAUGGGAAAGCUGCUGUAGCAGGAGAUCAAGUCCUUUCUCCCCCUUCCCCACCCCCAGUAACUCAGAAUGGUGGAAGAUGUGCAGAGGAGAAGGCUGCAGCCUGUUACCAGAAAAAUUUUGCCUUGGUUUUACUGACUUUUUUUAUUGGAUGCUGAAGCAGAUUUUAGCGGUUUUGUUAAUUUGUACUCAUCUUUUCCAGCCAUCACCCCAACUCCCUGGCAUUUCCAGGCUGUCCACAGGGAAGCCUGGCUGACUGCCUGAAGCCUGGGAGAGAGGAGAGGAAACAGCCUCCGUUGCCUGGGUGCGAUGUAACCCAGGGGAAACUUGGGUGCAUUGUUCCUCUCCAACCUGUUUGCAUCGUUAGGUCAAUCCUUAACAGAGGUCAUGCUUCAAUUUUUUUACUCUAUAAAGUGUAAAAAUGGUUUUUGGUUUUAUAGGUUUUUUUUUCCCUUGGGGCUAAACUUUAUAAAUUUGCUCAUUUCCAUUGAUUCAUUACAUUAAAAGGUCAGAGGGUGAAUUUUCGUCCCAGUUUUUCAAAUAUAAACUGAAAAUUAAGUUACUUUUUUAACCUCCUUCAAUAUUUCAUUGUAGACAUAUGUUUUGGGGACAGUCUAGUUCUAUACCAACUUUCCACUGUUAAACUAAUGCUCACAUAGAAAUUAUAUUGGAAAAAGAAGAAAACAUUAAGAAAAUAGUUCUUGACUUUAGAAAUCUUUUAGCAGACUUUAGACUGCUUUUAUGUACUGCAGGAUGACACUUGGGUGUUGCCAACCAUAUGCAUACAUCCUUAAAAUUUGAUCUUUGCAUCGCUGUCUUGUUCAAUUAAAUUUUCCUUAAUUAUGGCACAUUGUCGCACACUGUAAUAUUGCUGGGAAAUUGUCAUAAUCUGAUUUAAAAAUGAAAGUUUAUUUUUAAGACCUUCCAGUUAUAUCAACAAUAGAUCAGCUUAUAAAAUCAAGGGAAUUCAGGAUUUUAGAUCAUACCAGUUGAAACACAUUCUUGUGAUCUGGUAACUUUGGUUAUCAAUUUGAUGUAUGUGGCUUCUUUUGUAUGCCACUCCAUUACCAUGUAGAUAGAGGGGGAGAGUGACCCAGGAGCUAUGUAAUAAAAUCAGAAUGUCACUAAAAAGAUGAUCUAUAUGUAUAGUUCUAUAGAUAUAUAUUUUUAAGCAAAGCCUUUCCCUUAGCCGUACAGGCACUUGAGCUGGAAAUUACAGUAUCUCUCAGCUUUUUGCCACCUUGAAGCAGGUAAGGGGAGGAGUUUAAAUUAGUGAUCACUUUCUCCACUUCAGGAAUAUUUCUGUUUCUUAAAGUGUUUCACUCUCCCCCUUUGUUGCAACAAAGAGCUUCAGAUCUGAUAGGGAGGGAGACCCGUGAUCACUGAUCAUUUUAAACUAGUACCUUGUUCACUGCAUAUGGCUGCCAUGGCCAUUGCCACUACAUCAUAGAAAAUUCCUGCACUGGGGCAAACUGAUCCAUUGAGAAGAUUUUCCUCCCUUUGACUCCCCCCUUUCCUAUUCCUGCCUUUUAGUAUAUAGGGCCUUUAAAAAGUAUAUAGGUAAAUAUAUAUAUAUAUAUAUCUAUCUCUCAAGUUGUGCUGGGUAAGAGGAGGAAGUGCUUCAACAGAUCUUCAUAUUGAGGGGUCAGACAAGAAAAGAUUCAGCCUUAGAAAUAGCCUUAAAGCAACACUGCCCUGAAUGUCCAUGUUGUGCACAUCGAGAAUGAGGUGAGGUUUUGCAGUAGGUAACCCCUUCCCCUGCUCCCCAGCGUAGCUCCUUCAGGUCAUCUACUCUGUUAUGUGGCUAUAUGUAUACGCAUCAUCCGAGCAUGUGUGUUUACAUCUAUGUGCAUCGAGAUUGUUAGCAUACAGAAUGGAUGUGUAACUUGCCGCCUUUUUUGUUGACUGUUGAUAAAUGUGUAUAAAUAUGCCAUUACGCAUUUCAGUUCUGUUUUCUUUCCUUAUACCAUAUUUUUGAUAUUGUUCAGUAUUCAGUUGAUGCUGUGUAUGCAGCUGGAGCUCUGUUUGAAGACAGACUGGGUCUCGAUGCAGGUCAGGUGUGUCCUUGGACAGUGUACCUUUAGGGGUUUGGGUUGUCCCAGGCAGGAGCAAUUGGCAGAAAGUGGUACUUGGAGAGAGAAUCUGAGAGCUUUAGGAGGAAGAGCAGGAAGUUUGCUAAGACCCUGUCCUGCAGGGACUGCAGUUUGCCCUCUGGCUCAUUUCAGAGGUGGCUUGUCACUGAGGAGAGCUCCAGAGGCAGCUUCCUGGGCCACCUCCUGUUCCUGUGGCUGCUGCAGGAAAGGUGCUGAAGGAGGGGAGCAGCUAGCAGCUGGGAAGGUCACGGGAGAGGAGACAGAAGGAUGUUUGCAGGAGAGGGCAAUGCUUUCUUUAGAGUUACCAGCUGAAUCCCUUUGAUGGAAUGGUCAUCAGCUGUAGCAGGAGGGGUCAGCCCAGGGACAGAGAGGAACUGUCAUGCUUAAGAAUGAUGAAGUAACUGAGAAACCCUGCCAGAAAAAACUACCCACUUGGGUCUCCUGUGAAGCUGGACCUGAGUUAACACAAACUAGAGAGGGAGCUGUGAAGGGCUGAGGACUUGCCCCAUUGCAAGCAUUCAGGAUCCAAAAGCCACAGGGCUCUUCUGCCAGUUGGUCAGUCCCAAAGCUGGCUGAGGUGAAGGGGGGAAACCACUAGGUAGGACCCCUGCUCUGCCUCAGCCCCUCUCCUGCAUAUCUUAGCAUUUGUGUGCAACAUGGUGCCCUGUACUGCUCCCCUCCACAACCAAAAAAAAAAUAAAAAGAAGAGAUUAAAUUGCAGGCUGUAAAUACAAACCCCUCCUUCUCCAUGGGAACAUCCCUCCUGGAGCUAGUGACAGCUGAGAAAAUGGCUGUGAGCUGAAGGAGGGAGGAGGAAAGAGGCUGGUGGAGGAGUGUCAACCGUCCAGGUCUGAGUUCAAAGACCACAUUGAAAGGUCAAACAGAGCCGCUGACAGCUUAACUGAAUGCUUGGGAUUUUUUCAUACUGUGGAGCAUGCCACAAAGCAGUGUGUUUAACUUCUUUCUGCCUUUUUUUUUUUAAGAAAUGAAACGAAAAUCAAUUUAAUAAACAUUUCUCAUAGUGUGCA